AUGUUUGUUUCGCAGUCCGAGGCUGUUUCUUUACUUUUGGCAGUUCUUACUAUGAUCACAUGGGGUACGAACAAGAUUGCAGUCAAGUAUUUGACCUAUCCUGUUUCCCUGUAUACGAUCGAUUUCUUUGUGUUCGUUUUUAUAUUCCACACCAUCCUGAGUCUCACUUUGGGUGCUAAGUGGUUCCCUCCGAAUAAUGAGGAUACGUUUGUCAAUAUUAUUGAGAUAUUUAAGCAGGGACCCGCGAUGGCUUGGUAUAAGAUUGGUGGACCUUUCCUUGCUGGAGCUACCACUAUGGGUUUCACUUUAAUUAUGUUCGUUCUUGUUGACGGAUACGGCCUCACGAGUGCUAUCCCUCUUCUCUUUGGUUCUUCUAUGCUGCUUGGAGUCAUCAUUACUUAUUUCAUGCAGAGAAUUGGAAACGUAUAUCUUAUUUUCUCUGGAGUUGGUGUGCUCUUUGUGGCUGUGGUCUUGAACACCAUUUCUUCCAAUAUGAAUCAGAAGUGUCAGCGAAAGAGAGAGGAAGAGGCCUCCCUGCUGGCUAAUGCUGUUGAUAACCAGCCUAUGUCCAGUCAAACUAUUUCUAAGGCUCCUGCUACCACUGAGGCUGCUCCUGCUGAAGCUGCUCCUGCUACUACUGAGGCCGCUCCUGCUCCUGCUCCUGCUCCUGCGGAAGCUGCUCCUGCUACCACUGAUGUGUCUGUGCCUGUGCCCGAACAACCGAAAAAGCUGCUCUCCAUGCGUUCAUUCAUCAUUCUGGGUAUUUCCGCGGCCGUGUGCGAUGUGUUCUACGCUCCCUGCACAGCUAUGGGAUCCAAAGCCCCCAUUCCCCUUUCUCCCUAUGUAGACUCAUUGGAUUGGCUUCUCAUGGACAGGGAAUCUUCCAGGUGGUCAGUUUCGCCUCGAUGA